CUCACUGCGUGCAUCUUUGCUAUUCCCUCAAUUAUUCACCAGACAUCCGUCUGGGGAAUUGCUUGAGUCAUUUCAAAAGCUUAAGCAAUGUACUCAGCCUUCACUAUGCGUCAUAUCCUGUCCAUAGUCCUGCUGGUCGCAUCGGUCGCCCUGGUAUCCGCCGUCCCCGCAGGCUCCAGCAUCACUCCACCGCCGCCGAUCGAGCCCGUCCACAUCCUGUCCUCUCAGCCACCAGAUACCCGGAGGCCAUGGAUUCGAUUUCGAGACUGGGUGAUUGAGUCCCUCUGGAGUAUCCCGAAGUCGACCAGCAGUCCAUUGCGCGGACACCCUCCGCCAGCCCGGGCCCUGGCGCGUUAUGGCAGCGAUGUGGUUCUGCGGUUCACUCUGCGCAACGAAGAGCAAGCGGAAGCGCUCGCUCAAGCGGCCGAUAUCUUGUUCCUUGAUGUCUGGGCAUCCACCCCUCAAUUCGUGGAUGUCCGCUUGGCCCAGGGAGUGAUCCCCUCACUUCUCGGCCUUUUACCCCAAUCCCUCCACACUGCCUACACCCCCUUGAUAGACGAUCUCGCAGACAUGAUUUACGCCUCCUACCCGAGUCGCAGACGGGUCGGGCUGGAUGGACAAUCGGGUCAUAUCCCAUCCGGGCGUCAAGCAACGCAGCUCGGCGACGUCUUUUUCCACGAAUACCAGCCCCUCGGCGUGAUUGUGCCGUGGAUGCGGUUGAUGGCAUCUAUGUUCCCCUCCCACGCGCGGAUGACCAGCGUGGGUGUAUCCUACGAGGGCCGAGAAAUCCCUGCAUUACGACUUGGUGUCCGCAGCGAUGGUGGCCAGAGCUCGACGCCUCGCAAAACCAUUCUCCUCGUUGGCGGGAGCCAUGCUCGCGAAUGGAUCAGCACCUCGACCGUGAAUUACGUCGCGUAUAAUAUGAUCACCAAGUACGGUCAAUCGAAGGCGGUCACCCGCCUGCUGGAGGACUUUGACUGGGUAUUGGUUCCGACGCUCAAUCCCGACGGAUAUGUCUACACGUGGGAGACGGAUCGACUGUGGCGCAAGAACCGACAACAGACCAGUCUCCGGUUCUGUCCUGGACUGGAUCUUGAUCGCACGUGGGAUUUCGAAUGGGACGGCGAGCGGACCCGCUCCAAUCCGUGCUCCGAGAACUAUGCGGGCGACGAGCCGUUCGAGGGCGUGGAGGCACAGCAGCUGGCGCAGUGGGCUCGCAACGAAACCGAGAACAACAACGCCCAGAUCGUCAGCUUUGUGGAUCUGCACUCAUACUCGCAGCAGAUCUUGUAUCCGUUUUCGUAUUCGUGCUCAUCCGUCCCGCCUACUUUGGAGAGUUUGGAAGAGCUCGGUCUGGGCCUGGCCAAGGUCAUUCGAUAUACCACGCAUGAGAUUUAUGAUGUCUCGUCGGCGUGUGAAGGCACGGUCACGGCGCGGACUCCCAACGACCAACGCUUUUUCCCCAUCGGUGGGUCUUCGGGCGGCAGUGCUUUGGACUGGUUCUACCACCAGCUGCACGCGACAUACUCGUAUCAGAUUAAGCUUCGGGACCGCGGCAGCUACGGGUUUUUGCUCCCAUCCGAGCACAUCAUCCCCACGGGCCGAGAGAUCUAUCAUGUUGCUUUGAAGUUGGGGUCUUUCCUUCUGAAGGAGAACGCGUUUGACGUUGACUGGGAGGCUGAAAUGGCGGACACCGGAGUGUACGCCUCGACGACGGACAAUUCCGCGCGUGUUGACAACAACGUCCCUCCAGUAACCGAGGCGGAGAUCAAAGCCCAGAACAGCGUCCCACUCGACCCUGAGGACUGGGAGGAAGUGGACUGGGAGGAAGUGGACUGGGAGGAGGAACAUUCGCUCGAGUUCCGUCGGUGAUGGGGAUGUCGAUUCUAAAAGUCAGCACCUACGAUGUGAUUCCUUCUCCACCUUCGAUAAUACCGCUCUCUCCUGAUGGUUUGGCCGAUAAUUCUAUGACUAAUGAUGUGUGUUUUGGCACCGGUGUAUAUGUUUAUCUUUUGGUACAAUUCAUGACUGUUGAUAUUUGACCGAUCUGACUUCGAUCGGGACCUCCCACCAUUGUAACUGCUCCGCUGGGC